AUGUCGAGCCCAUCUACAAGCAUCUGUGGUUGUGAAAAUUCGGCAAGUUCUCUUGCCUCUAGUCUUCCAUCUAAAGGUUCCUUCGACUUCAGUAUCCUCGCAUCUAUCAAUAAACCACUUAACGACCACUGGAAGCUUGUCGAGGCUUGCAAACAUCCACUUCACAGCCACGCUCUUGUAUCUGCUGCUAUCUAUAUAUCCGAAACCAUCUUUUCCCUGUGCGACGCUGCAUGUAUCUCCUACGGCCUCUUCGAGAGCGGUGUCGCGGCUAGUAUCGAUAAUAACAAGACAUUGAUGACGGUAUACUCGAACGAUGACGAUACCACUCCCCUCUCCUGGAAGUGUUCGAAAAGCCCUAUGUUGCUGGGCAAAUUUGCCCUCCAAGGAGAAGAAGAAAGCCUCCUAGCUCGGCAGAUUAUCUGUGGGGUGUUGACGAAUCUGAGCAAUCUGUUGCGCGAAAUGGGUUCGCUUGAUAAGACAUCUGGUUCACCCAGUUUCUAUGGGCGCGGGGAUGGGCAAGUCGGUCGUAUCCUUUCGAGUAUUCUAUCACUCUUGGGCAAGGUAUCUUGUGAGUAA